GAUUACAUUUAUAACAUGAACACCUACCACGCUGCAUUUUGGUCACCUUCUUCCCAGGACGAUCKUUACAGAGUCACAGCCAGGAAAGUGUGGCUGUGUGGUGGAAGUGUCGAGGUCAUACCUUGUUCUAAAAUAGCCCACAUCGAGAGGGCCCAUAAACCCUAUCUCCCAGAUCUGAGCAUUACAAUGAAGAGGAAUGCUCUGAGAGUGGCUGAGGUCUGGAUGGAUGAAUACAAACAUAAUGUCAACAUCGCCUGGAACCUCCCACUGAAGGAUCAUGGCAUAGACAUUGGGGAUGUUUCAGAGAGGAAGAAGUUGAGAAAGAGBCUGAACUGCAAACCCUUCCAGUGGUAUCUGGACAAUGUGUAUCCAAUGUUAGACCCCCUGGGUGACUUGCUUGGUUAUGGAGCUCUGGUCAAUGACCUGAAGACGGAUCUCUGUAUAGAUCAAGGCCCAGUUCCGGGGAACACACCUAUUUUAUAUGAAUGCCAUUAUUUUGGUUCACAGAACUGUUAUUAUCGAGCCAGCGGGGAGAUCUACAUUGGAGGCAUCAAGUCUCACAAGUACAACAGUAAUCGCUGUCUGAUGGACAUUGGCACUCGAACCCCAGGACUGUAUGARUGCAAGGAGGCCAAGCAGAAGGGAUUCCACAUGCUCUGGGAAUUUCAACAGGUAAGCACUCCAACAUGAAAUAGGGAAAU